AUGGAUACCAAAAAGCCCUCGGAACUAUCUCUCAAGGAGGAUAAUGUGUCGUCUGCGGAGGGCCAAAUCGAUGUCACUGACGCGGCAUAUCAACGAAUGCCAGAGACCCUCCGCGACCUCAGCGAAGACGAGCUGAGAAGACUCAACCAGAAAGUCGUCCGCAAGGUCGAUCUCCUUGUCCUUCCAACCAUCGGCAUCCUGUAUAUCCUGAACUACAUCGACCGCCAGAACCUGGCCGCAGCAAAGCUCCAAGGCAUCAUGGAGGAUCUCAACAUGACAACCCAGCAAUUCGCGACUGCCGUCUCAAUCCUCUUCGUGGGAUACCUGCCCUUCCAGAUCCCCAGCAAUCUCAUAAUGACCAAGAUCUCCCGCCCGGGGAUGUACAUUUGCUGCGCCGUGGCAAUCUGGGGCUGCAUCUCAGCUGCGACGGCAGCAGUCAAGAGUUACGGGCAGUUACUCGCCGUUCGAGCCAUCCUGGGUGCUGCCGAGGCAGUCUUCUUCCCCGGAGCCAUCUACUUCCUCUCUGCAUGGUAUACCAAAUCAGAACUGGGAAAGCGCAUCGCGGCACUAUACAUUGCGCAGCAAGUGGGCAAUGCCUUUGGCGGGCUCUUCGCGGCUGCCAUUCUCAAACUGGAUGGAGCUCAUAACAUCGCCGGCUGGCAGUGGCUGUUUAUCAUCGAGGGCAGUGCGACGGUAGGAAUUGGCAUAGUCUGCGCGUGCAUCAUGCCCGAGUUCCCACACAACAGCCGCAUAUUAUCACCGGUGGAGCGCGAUCUCGCCGUAUGGCGCAUCGAGGCCGAAGCCGGUGCCGCAGAGGGCAGCAACGAGGCAGAGAAUAACGCCAACGAGAGCGCCCUGCGCGGCUUCGCGAGUGCCCUAUCCGAUCCCAAGCUAUUGCUGCUCAUCUUCGCCAACAUGGUCUCGCAAACGCAGGGAUCCAUUGCCAAUUACUUCCCCACACUCGUCGAGUCGCUCAGCUUCUCCCACAUAAUCACUUUGCUUCUCACCGCGCCGCCGUACAUCCUAGCCGGCGUGAUCUACUACUGCAUCAUGUAUUACUCCGACCGCAAGAACACCGUCUACCCGAUCAUCCUAGUGUGCGCGGCCGUCGCUAUCGUCAUGUACAUCAUCCCGAUGGCAACGGCGAACGUUGGCGCACGCUACUUCUCCAUGAUGAUCCUGCCCACUGCGUCCGUGGGACCGCAACUCCUCCUGUUCAAGACGAUCAAUCUACACCUUGCGCGGCCCAUCUCAAAACGUGCGGCGGCUUCGGCCUUAGUCAAUGCCAUCGGAGGGACGUCAAAUAUCUGGGCAUCGUACUUGUACUAUGCGCCGCCGCAUUUCUAUGCUGCUUUUGGGGCGCUGAUGGGGUCUGCGGCUUUGUUGGUUUGUACUAUGACUAUUUACCGUUGGCUCGUGUUGCGUGAGAAUAAACGUUUGGACUCAGGUGAUCCUGCGUUGGUAGCGAAGGUUGUUAAGGGGGGUGUUACGGAGGAGAUGGUGCAGCUUAAUUGGCGUUAUGAGAUGUACUAA